UUUGGCUUCUUUCUUUAACUCAAUCAACAAUCCAUUGUCCUCAUCGAGCUGAAUUAUACAAUCACUUCUUUUUUUUCAAUUUGAAACCUCAUCAUGUCUACAGCAACGCUUCAUGUUGGUAUCAUUGGCGGUGGAAUUGGGGGCUUAGCAGCAGCUAUUGCCAUAGAAAGAUCCGGCGCAAAGGUUACUCUGUUGGAGGCGGCGAAGGAAUUGGGAGAAAUUGGGGCAGGCAUACAGAUGUAUCCAAACAUUUCGCGUUUCCUUAUCCGAUGGGGUGUCAGUGAUAUCUUAGGUAGCCAACUUGUUACUCAUAAGUACUGUAACACUUGGUUUGGCUCAGAGCUUGUUGCCCACUCUGAUCCACAAUGGAUGGCGAAGGCCACGGGCUUCCCAUGGUGGGUCGUGCGCCGAGACCAUUUGCUCAGUGCUCUCAAAGAAUCUGCGGAGAAACACGGCGCGGAAGUUAUAAUUGCGACCAGAAUCGUUGAAAUUGAUGAUAGCGGCAAAAGAGUUGCUGUAACCUCAGAAGAUGGACGAAAAUUCUCUUUUGACUUUGUGGUAGGGGCUGAUGGGUUGAAAUCCAUCAUACGGAACCAUAUCCACCCUGGCGUCAUGCCGGUUGCGCCCUCCAAAUCGGCAGCAUACAUUGAGAAUGGGUUCUUUAUCUCUAUUAUCAGGUUCAGGUUCACUUGAAAGCAUGAAUUGAAGGAAAGGAAGAAAAUCCAGUGGCUACAACACUUGCCUUAGACAGUAGUGGCAAAUUGGAAACCCCCGGUCACAUUUCUUCUUGCGCGUUCGGCAAGUUUUGCACGACAAUGGCGAUUUCAUUCCUGAAGUUCUUACGAAAGUGAAUAAUUUAAUGAACAGUUGUAGGUCGAAUACGAUCACAGGAGCAACUGACUUACAUGCGAUUCUUAAGCAGAAAAUGAGAUGAAAUAAAUGGGCGGCACCCUCAUCAUUUCUAGGAACACAACGUAACACAGCUAUGUGCCGAGUGCCGAUACCAUACAAAAUGGCCCACUCGAUCCUUUACGCAGAUCGCUGUGGGUUGGAUAGGUUCGGCUACGGACCAAAUACUCCAGCUAGUCAAG